AUGGUACGCGAGGGCCAAAUCCUACCAUCUUUUGAAGAACUUACCAAGCUUCUCCCUCCAAAGCAAGCGACCUUCAAUCCUUUCACACACAGUUCUCCAAUUUCAAUCAUGUUUGCAAGACAGGCUUUCCGAGCGGCUCAGCCGUUGAAGACCCAAUACCGUAGAUAUGCAACGGAACCAGCAAGCGGCGGCUCGAACACAUUACUCUAUGGUGCAAUCGCAGCCGCUGUUGGUGCUGGAGGCGGAUACUAUUUCUACAACUCAGGCGACAAUGCAUCGAAGGUCAGAAACGCAGCUAAAGAUGCCGAAGCAAAGGCCAAGGAAGUCGUUGGGAAAGGCAAAACACAGGCAGAAGGUGUUGCUAAGGCCGCAUUAACCGGAGGUGACCAGGGCUUCGUCAGCUUGAAGUUGGAUAGUGUUGAGAACAUCAACCACAACACCAAAAAAUUCCGUUUUGAGCUACCAGAGGCAGAUCAGGUCAGUGGCCUUAGUGUUGCAUCUGCUGUCAUUACCAAGUACAAGGGCCCAGAGAUGGAGAAGCCUGCCAUCCGACCAUACACUCCAGUCAACGACGAAGAGGAAACGGGAUUUAUAGAUCUUCUCGUCAAGAAAUACCCCAAUGGUGUAAUGUCGGAACACAUGCACAAUAUGAAGCCAGGUCAGCGACUCGACUUCAAGGGCCCGAUCCCCAAAUAUCCAUGGACGGCCAACAAGCACAGCCACAUUGCCCUGAUUUCUGGAGGAACUGGAAUCACUCCCAUGUACCAACUUGCCCGCGCAAUCUUCAAAAACCCAGAUGACAAGACCAAAGUUACCCUGGUCUUCGCAAACGUCACAGAGGAGGAUAUUCUUCUGAAGCAGGAAUUCCAGGAACUCGAGAACAAAUACCCACAACGUUUCCGUGCAUUCUACGUCUUGGGCCAGCCACCAAAGGAGUGGACCGGUGGAAAGGGCUUUAUCAACAAGGAGCUGCUAAAGACAGUCCUCCCUGAGCCAAAGACGGAGAACAUCAAGAUUUUCGUUUGCGGGCCACCGGGCAUGUACAAGGCCAUUUCUGGACCUAAGAAGUCACCUUCGGACCAAGGUGAAAUUGAUGGAAGCAUUCUUCAUGAACUUGGAUACACCAAGGACCAAGUCUACAAGUUCUAG